GCCGCAUUGAUUACUCCAUGUGCCAGCUAUUGGCUCUCUAUUGUUGUUUUGCUUGCCAUCGGAGGCUGUGGAGUUCUUGGCGUUAUAAUACGUGAUUCCGUUUUCAACACCUCUGCCAUUGGGACUAUGUUUACAUGUUAAACCAGUCUUUGGCAAACAUCAGAGUGUGUCGGUUGGUUUUUUGCAUAAAAUGUCGAAUUAAUGACUGCGGACGGACGGACGGACGCGUCGAGUUCGAAACCCGGUGCUGUUGCGGUUGAUUUAUCGGCUGACCAACGAAUGCCUAAUAAUAUAAUUUAGAGUGAGAGAACACAUUGCCAAGAAACAUGUUUGCCCAUAUGUUCGUUAACAGUCAACCGCUGAUCGUAAUAAUUAUUGAUGGUGCUUUGUGGUAACGAGCAAAUAACAAUAAUGAUAGUUGAGAAUAAAAGUAAUUUAAUCCAUGAUGGAAAGUGUAAACAAGUAAAUGAAGAGCUCACCUUGCAAAGAUUUAGUGCAAAUUAGAAAAGUUUUGUGAGGUCCACUUUGAACACAUACAAAUUGUAAUAUGCCCCGACCCUCGCGCGAAACUUAUGGUGACCAAAAGCCACCGUAUUCCUACAUUUCUCUGACUGCGAUGGCGAUUUGGAGCUCGCCAGAGAAGAUGCUGCCACUCAGCGAGAUCUACCGCUUCAUCACUGACCGAUUCCCUUACUACAGGAAGAAUACGCAACGGUGGCAAAACUCCUUGCGACACAAUCUAAGUUUCAACGACUGUUUCAUUAAAGUUCCUCGACGACCAGAUCGACCAGGAAAAGGAGCUUACUGGGCGUUGCAUCCUCAAGCGUUCGACAUGUUCGAAAAUGGAAGUCUAUUGCGAAGAAGGAAACGGUUCAAGCUUCACAAAUCAGAAAAGGAUCUUCUUAAUGAAGAGCUAGCAGCACUGGCAAAUUUGAAUCGUUUUUUCUUUUCAAGUACGACUGGUGCUCCUGUACAGCAGAUGGAGCCACCCUGCAACAAUAUGGUAGGUGAUCCUGGCAUGUUUGCUCCGAGAAUACCACCUACAAAUAUGGCUGCCUCACCAAUACGACCAUUAUCUCCUAUGUUACCAACGACUUGCAUAAGUGGAUCAGCAUCUGCAGACUCUGGUGCUAGACCAAAGCGAUCGUUCACCAUAGAAAGCCUCAUAACUCCGGACAAAGAAAGCACAAGUGACAGUCUAGACCACGGUCAUCGAGAAGAUAUUCGCCUGAGUCAAGUAACUGAACAACCCACAAGAGCUCUGCCGCCUCUGCCGCCUAUUGCAGCUGGAAUACCUUUUCUUCCCUAUGGAGGACAUCCUUUCACUCAAAUGGGAUACGAUCUGCCAGUAAAUCCGCUUCUGAUGAUGGCCCCAUUCGGUGGUCUGCACCCAUCCUAUUAUCCGAAUGUUGGGAGCUCAAUACCACAUGGAAGCGAUAUGAGUAGAAUUGGAGGAUCGGCAUUAAGGACAGUAUGACCAGCAGGUUGGGCUAAUCAGAGAAAAUCGAAUAAUGUAAAUAGAGAAAUCUGAGAAAAGGCUGUUUCUAGAACUAUUGAUAAACUCGCCCGUAAUUGUAAGUGUAGUUGUGGAGUCCUAAAUAGAAGUGCUCAUAAAUUUGCGCUGUCGAUUUUAGUAAUGUGAUGAUGCACACAAAAACUGCAGCUUGCAUUCAGGUAACUAAUUUAUUGUAAGUAGCUCAAUCGUAUCAAUAUCGGCUAAAGUUUAGCUGCCCACCUGUCUUACAGUUUACUGCUUUCUUAAGAAACUAGAUGUGCCAAUUAUAGAUUUAUAUUGUGACAUUGCAAGUUUUCAAAAUGCAAAUUUCAUUAGAAUUCCCGAACAAUAGAUAAAAAUGUAUUGAUAUCCACUUGUAAUUGUCUUGUACACAACAAGAGCAUACCCGGGAAAACCCUAGUAGUUGAUAAGAAUGAUAGAGUUCGAAAUGUGGUAAAUUUAAUUGAGCCUUUUCCUAUGUAAGUGUAUGUAUGUAAAUAUUGACUAGAGGAAGCAUAUAAAUUAUUUAAAUUUCUCCUUAUUUAUAUAAACUUCAUUCAUUUUCCAAGGAAAUAUGCUGAUGCAAUACAUGA